AUGGCUUCAACAACACCGACGGGAAUGUCUCCGUCAAACACAUUAACAACCUUGCCCAUGACUUCUGUAUUCACACCGCCGGCUCCUUGCUCAACCCAUUGGACGUAUGAGCCUCUCAGUUACAACAAUUUUUUCCCCAGUGGCCUGUUGAUGCAGAAUUGCGAGAAGGUAGUCAGUUCUUGUUUUCCCUCCGGCUUUGCAGACUCAGGGAGAAUGACUGCGACCCACGUCUAUAGCCCAGGGUACUGUCCGAUGGGAUACACCUCUGCAGACAUAGCGAUUGAUGGGCCAGUUACCACCGCCAUAUGUUGUUACUCGGAUUUUGUCUACACCACUUCGACGAUGAUUUAUAGCGAUCUUCCUCCAGCAAUAUACGCGGGAUGUACGAGCCCAUUCCCGUCAAUCGGCUCCACGAUCGUCGCAGCUCGUGCUGCAGAAAGCGACCAAGCAACUCAGGUUCAUGGGCCUAUCAUUAUGUGGGCUCAACCAAUCACAGUUCAAUUUCAAUCUUCCGAUCUGUCGUUAUUUGUCCCCGCGACUGCUAUGUCCACAAUCUCCAACUCGAACGCUGUUCCUGCACAAACCACAACAGCCUCAACAGCCUCAACAGCAACAGCAUCAACAGCAUCAACAGCCUCAACAGCCUCAACAGCUUCACAGAUAGCCAAUACGUCUCAGACCCCUUCUAUUGCCCAACCCACCGAGCUGUACCAGUCUGCUUCAACUGGCUUAUCAGUGGGUGCAAAAACUGGAAUUGGUGUUGGUGCCGGCAUCGGCGCCUUGGCUAUCUUUGGAUUUCUAUUCUUUGGGAUUCGGCAUCUAUCCAGGGCAAGAAGCAAGUCAACCGGUAUGCAAGCGGUAGGCAAGGAACAGUACUACCACAACACCGAGGCGCUGGGGGGACUCGUCCAACCGGUUGGUUCGUAUGCGCCGCAAGGACCUCCGUCAGAAUUGGACCACGCCGAACCUUACCCUCGAAAGUAUUUGCCUGAACUUCAGGGUUGA